AUUAUAAACUUAUUUGUGGCUGUCAUUAUGGAUAAUUUUGAUUACUUGACACGUGACUGGUCUAUUCUGGGUCCCCAUCAUUUGGAUGAGUUCAAAAGGAUAUGGUCAGAAUAUGAUCCUGAAGCAAAGGGAAGGAUAAAGCACCUUGAUGUGGUUACAUUACUGAGACGCAUUCAGCCACCACUGGGUUUUGGCAAAUUGUGCCCUCACCGAGUGGCCUGCAAGAGGUUAGUAGCCAUGAAUAUGCCACUAAACAGUGAUGGAACCGUCAUGUUCAAUGCUACUUUGUUUGCUUUGGUUAGGACUGCUCUGAAGAUAAAAACAGAAGGUAACCUAGAGCAAGCAAAUGAAGAACUUAGAGCAGUUAUAAAGAAAAUAUGGAAGAAAACAAGCAUGAAAUUACUCGAUCAAGUUGUCCCUCCAGCUGGCGAUGAUGAGGUAACCGUGGGGAAGUUCUAUGCCACCUUCCUGAUACAGGACUACUUUAGGAAAUUCAAGAAACGCAAAGAACAAGGACUGGUGGGGAAAUACCCAGCGAAGAAUACCACGAUUGCUCUGCAGGCAGGACUAAGGACACUUCAUGAUAUUGGCCCCGAAAUACGCCGAGCUAUAUCCUGUGACUUGCAAGAUGAUGAACCAGAGGAAAACAAUCCAGAGGUGGAGGAAGAUGUUUAUAAAAGGAAUGGUGCCCUCUUUGGCAACCACAUAAACCAUAUUAGCAGUGACAGACGAGAUUCAUUUCAGCAGAUCAACACCACACACCGUCCCUUACAUGUUCAGCAGCCUUCAAUUCCAUCUGCAAGUGAUACUGAGAAAAAUAUAUAUCCUCAGGCACGAAAUUCUGUAUACCACAAUCAUCAUAAUCACAACUCAGUAGGAAAGCAAGUUCCAAAGUCAACAAAUGCCAAUCUCAAUAAUGCCAACAUGUCCAAAGUUUUUCAUGGAAAACACACAAAUUUUGGAAAUCGUGAGCAUAGAUCUGAAAACGGUUACCAUUCAUACUCCAGAACUGAUCAUGAGAAGCGUAGAAGGCCAAGCAGUAAGAGAACCCGCUACUAUGAAACAUAUAUUAGAUCUGACUCUGGUGAUGGGCGUCGACCUACUAUUUGUCGUGACGAACGUGAAGUUCAAGACUUUUGCAAUGAUGAUCGUUAUUUGGGAGAGCAGGAAUAUUAUAGUGGAGAAGAAUAUUACGAGGAAGACAGUAUGCUGUCAGGAAGCAGGCAUAUAUAUGAUUACCACUGUAGAUAUCACUGCCAUGACUCAGAUUUUGAGAGACCAAAAGGGUACCAUCAUCCACAUGGGUUUUUUGAGGAAGAUGAUUCACAGAUCUGUUACGAUACAAAAAGAUCUCCUAGGAGACGGCUGCUACCUCCAACACCAACACCAAACAGACGAUCUUCCUUUAACUUCGAAUGCCUCCGCCGACAAAGUAGUCAAGAUGACAUACCCCUCUCUCCUAAUUUCCACCAUCGCACUGCUUUACCACUUCACUUAAUGCAACAGCAGGUCAUGGCUGUUGCAGGUCUGGAUUCCAGCAAAGCUCACAAACAUUCACCGAGUCGUUCAACACGUUCUUGGGCUACCCCACCUGCAACCCCUCCCAACAGGGACCGCACUCCAUAUUACACACCUCUAAUCCAGGUUGAUAGGGCUGAAUCUACAGAGCAUAUGAAUGGCAGCCUUCCUUCCUUGCAUAGGAGCUCCUGGUACACAGAUGACCCUGAUAUUUCCUACCGAACAUUUACACCAGCCAACUUGACUGUACCUAAUGACUUUAGGCAUAAACAUAGUGACAAACAGAGGAGUGCCGACAGCUUGGUAGAAGCAGUACUUAUAUCUGAAGGCCUAGGAAGGUAUGCAAAGGACCCUAAAUUUGUUUCAGCUACAAAACAUGAGAUUGCUGAUGCAUGUGACAUGACUAUUGAUGAGAUGGAAAGUGCAGCAAGUAAUCUUCUCAAUGGAAAUAUCAGCAAUGGGACCAAUGGGGAUAUGUUUCCCAUUUUAAGCAGACAAGAUUAUGAACUUCAAGAUUUUGGUCCUGGCUACAGUGAUGAAGAACCAGAAACAGGACGAUAUGAAGAAGACUUAGCUGAUGAAAUGAUAUGCAUUACAAGUUUAUAGUAUUUAGCAAGGAAAAAUAUUCUAAUAACAGAAAAAGUGCCUCAUAGUUUAAAGAUGCUAGGCACUAGCUGGAGUGAAUAACCAAUCAAGUUUUGUACAAGUGAUGUCACACCUCAAGGAAGCCAUAACUAGUAAGUUGAUUGUCUCCAGGUUGCCAGAAUGUGAUCAGAGCUGCAGUACAUCAAGUCUCUUCCCACAGAAUCUUCAGUUCCUCUCUGGGAAUAAGGUUAUUUUGAAUCUAAGCAGAUUGUGACAAUCAGUUUUUUGAGGGCUAGAGCGAGGUUCUGAGGUGUAACAUCUUGCCUGUCUUUCAACCUUGUGCUGCUGUCCAUAGUAGAGCAGAAUUUUGUCAAUGAAAAUGUCUGUAUAGAUCAGCACAAAAUUGCGUGGGAAAUAGCAACAUGAGACCAGUGAUGACAACCAGUAAUGUCAUUACCUCAGUACUCAGUAGCAUAUCAGCUACCCGUUGCAUAUCCAUUCUAACAUUGUUUUAAAACUUGCCUCCCGAUUUCUUUUCUUAAUGCUCUUCUAAAACACAGUUUGUCAUGCUCUACGUGUUAGAGACCAUUGGAAAAAGAAGUUAUAUAAAGAAUAAUCUGUCAUAUGUAACACCAGUUUACAUAGGAAAAUAUCAUUCAGAUAGUCUGUUUUAUGACUAUCACAUUAAGGGCAAAAUAUACUGGAAUAAUUGCAUUCUUACUAAUGCAUUUGCAACCAGGUUAUAGUAGAAUUAGAUAAGAUAGUUUGCUAAAAAUUAUAUAGUAGAAAUUACUGUAAAUGAAUUGUAAUAUACAAUGAUUUGUAUUUGUAAAGAGAUGUUCUAUAUUUUGUAAUUAUUGUACCGUAAUUGAACUGCAGCAAUAUUUAUGGACCCUAAUUAUUGUAACUCUCCACAGAAUUCUAGAUAGAAGUAUUUUUACUUGGAAUAUAUAGAUCUAUAGCAUAAAUAUUUAAAUAGAGCCACCUCUCCGUGUAAAUCUCUUUUUGGGAUAAAGUGUCAAGUUUCAAGUUGGCAACAGAACAGAUUUUUUAAACAAUUGAGUCAAAUGAAUCUCUCUGCAUAAGGGAUGCACAGUUGACUAUUUACAGUCUUACACUGGAAAGGUAAAACAUUUGAAGUUAUUUUAACUUUUUUGGAUUGAAAAAUAGCUCUAAUUUUAUUUUUUUAUUUAUCCUGUGCUAAAAAUAAAUAUUAAAAUCACUAAGAAAUUGGCAGGUUCAUACCAGAGUAUUACUGGUCAUGAGACAAAGUAUUGUUUUGACAAAGUAUAUUACAUACCUACCCUACUUUGAUAGGAAGCAUCUUGGGCAGAAAAUACUUCACAGGUAAAUAAAAAUGCUUUACUUCAGUACUAUUUACUCUGCUUGGAAAGAAAAGAGGUAAGAUAAAAUGAUUCUUCACAGAACCAAAAACCUUGAUAUAAGAAGUAUACUAUUUUGUUGCCUCUACCUAUCUGUUGUUCUAGGUGUACUGUUUCAAAGAUUUCUUUUUAUGCAAUCAAGAGAGGGCUUAGAUAUUGUUCACAAUGCAGUAAAACCCUGAAAUGACUUUGAGGCUAAUAAAACCUUGCAGGAAAAUCAAAAAACACUGAAAGCUGCUGUUAGCACUGGAUAACAAUGACUUGUUCUAACAAGUUUUCUUAUCAGGUUUUACCUGAUACCUUCACAUGUUAGAUAGCAAUCCAGUUCACAUUUUUACAAAUGUGAUGUUUAAAACAUGUCAAUAAACAUUUUGUACAUAAUGACAGUUUCCUAUGAAUAGCUUACAGACUUCCUCUGAAAUCAUUCUUAUUUCAAAUGCCAGGAUAAGAACUUCAAGGUUUGUAAAUUAUUUCUUGACCUACAUCAUUUUGUAUUAAAACAAAUGCAAAAUGUUCUUCAAAAUAAAACUGUGUAAUAAUUUUAUUUUA